AUGUGCCCAUAUGAGGAGUUCGAGCGCACCAAGCACGAUUUUGGUGCCUGCCCACUGAUCCAUGACGACGAUCUCAAGGCGCAGUGGGAGGACUUGGAUGACAGGUCGAGGGAGCGGUUGGGCUUCGAGAAGGAACUUUACAAAUGGAUCGACAAAUUGAUGCUGGAGCUGAAAGCAAAGAUACGCCGCAAUGAGGAGCGCGUUGCGAGCGAAAUGGCGCCGCCCAUCAGCCUUGAGGACCAGAGGACGCUGGAUGAAAUGGCGGCUGAGCUGCAAGAAAUGCUGACGCGGUCAGAAGUGCGCCGGGCUGCUUUUGAGGAAGAGGCUGCAAUUCGAGCUGGAGGUGGACCAAACAGAUAUGGUCAACAGGAGGUGUGUCCCCUUUCUGGAGUCAUCAUCAACAAAGAAGAGAGCCGCUUGCGCGACCACAAAAACGGCAAGAAUUAUCGGACUUGGUGCAAGACACACGAGAAGUACAAUGAGCUGAUGGAGAUCUUCAAACGGCGGGAUGCAGAGCGCGAUGGCUCAUCUCGCAGUAGCAGGCCGCGAGACGGCGGCAGCUCCAGAGAUCGACCCCGGGAUCGGGAGAAAGACAGGGACAGAGAGAGAGACAGGGUCAGGGACAAGGACAGAGAUAGGGACAGGGAGCGACACAGGGACAGAGACAGGGAGAGGGACCGCGAUAGGGACAGAGACAGGGACAGGAAGAAGCCAAGAAGGGAGCGUGAUGAGCUCUUUUGAGUCUGGGGUCAGGAGUGAGUCAAGAAGAAGCAGUUGAAUUUACAAGGAAAGCGGCACAAUUGCGUUUCCCUGGGAUUCAAUCAAGCAAGUUGCAGCAACUCAUGUUUUGGUCAAUUUGCUGCAUGGAGCAGCUUUGCAAGCAGAUUUACAUCCAGUUGGUUCUCUUAAGCUCUUUCAAAUAAAGGCUGCUGGUUGGUCCUCAUCAUGUAUAUUCAUACAUGCUUGCAGCUUACAUUGUUGCUAAUACAAGCUUGAUGUAUCAAGCGCAUAUGACUAUUGCUAUUGUACAAGGCCUCAAAUUUACUGGGGCGAACGAUCUGUGAAUACAAGGGUUUAUCUGGAAAAAGCGUUCCAGAAA